CUUAAUCAAUAUCUUCUUUAUACUCAUCUUUAAUUUUAAUGUGCCGUCACAAUUAUUAAUAAGAAAACAAAUCGGAUAUUACUAAAAAUCUAAAGGCACUAUUGGGGAUUCCCAUUCCCAUAGAUAUAUUUUAUUCUCUCCUCGUUAAUUUGUCGUUUUCUGUGGCACCACCAACGCAUAAAUAUACAUCUCAACUCCAAGAAACAAAGAGCAGAGAGCCAAAAAACCACACGGGAAAAAAAAAAAAAAAGGUGUCAAAAAAUGAAGCCUUUCUUCAUCUUCGUUCUUCCCUUUCUUCUUCUUCUUCUUCUUCCUCUGAAAAACAACUUGUCGUGGAUGACUGUUUUGGGAGUACUUCUGAUCGGAUUUGCUUCAUAUAUAGUCAACGUUAUGUGGUUAGAUCCUCAGAGGCUGAGAUGGAAACUUCAAAGGCAAGGCAUUAAAGGGCCUCGUCCUUCUUUCUUGUUUGGAAACGUCAAGGAGAUGCAGAAGAUUCAGGCCGCCACCACCACGAAACCUCCAAAUUAUGGUGAAUUUGUGGCCCAUGAUUACACUUCCACUAUCUUCCCAUACUUCGAGCAAUGGAGAAAAGAAUACGGUCUUGUAUAUACAUACUCAACUGGGAACAAACAACAUUUGUACAUAAACAAUCCGGAGCUGGUGAAGGAAAUGAACCAGAGUGUUACUAUGCAACUCGGAAAACCUACCUACAUUACAAAAAGACUUCAACCCAUGCUUGGCAAUGGAAUUUUGAGGUCUAAUGGAAGCUUUUGGGCACAACAGAGGAAAAUUUUAGCCCCUGAAUUUUUCAUGGACAAGGUCAAGGGUAUGGUAGGUCUGAUGUUGGAAUCAGCCGAACCAUUAUUGUCGAAGUGGGAAUCCAGUAUUGAUGCUCAGGGUGGAAAAAUUGCAGAUAUUAAAGUGGAUGAGGAUCUAAGGAGUCUUUCAGGGGAUGUGAUCUCCAGGGCUUGUUUCGGGAGCUCUUACUUCAAAGGCAAAAAGAUCUUCUCAAAGCUCAGAACUCUUCAGAAAACCAUUUCCAAUCAAAGUGUGCUUUUUGGUGCUUCCACAUUCGGGUUAUUUCCUAGCAAGCAGCAAAAGGAAAUUCAAAGUAUGGAGAAGGAGAUAGAGGAUUCGAUUCUUGAAACAAUAGCGCAACGUGCGAAAGAAUGCGAGGAGGAGCCUUCAACAGAGAAGGAUCUGUUGCAGCAAAUACUAGAAGGGGCCAUCAAUGAUGUUGGCCAAGCUUCAUCAAAGAGUUUCAUUGUUGACAACUGCAAGAACAUGUAUUUUGCCGGGCACGAGGCGACGGCCGUUGCGAUGUCCUGGUGCUUGAUGCUUCUUGCCCUUCACCCCGAUUGGCAAAACCGCAUUCGCGAAGAACUCUCUCAAGUUUGUCCCAAUGGUGUGCCAGAUGCUGAUUCACUUUCCAAGAUGAAAAUGGUACCUUAUAGAACAUAAUCAUUCCAUAUAAUGUGUCAGUUUCACUUAAUGUAUAUAUAGUUCAAGUGAAAUGAGUAUAUCUAGUACAUCAGUUUUCUACGUCAUUUCACUAAAUGAUUUCACCGAUGAGAUCCUUAUUAUUCGAGCGCGCACACACACUGCAGGUGACGAUGGUAAUUCACGAAGCGAUGCGGCUAUAUCCACCGGCAGCAUUCGUGUCGCGGGAGGCGCUGGAGGAGACUCAAAUCUGCCACAUCUCGGUGCCAAAAGGGGUGUGCACGUGGACACUGAUUCCGACAUUGCAUCGUGAUCCUGACAUUUGGGGAGAAGAUGCAAAUGAAUUCAAGCCUGAGAGAUUUGCCAACGGCGUUUCUGGUGCCUGCAAGUUGCCUCAAGUUUAUAUCCCAUUUGGGUUGGGUCCAAGGUUGUGCCUUGGCCGGAAUUUUGCUCUGGCUCAACUGAAACUGGUGAUAUCCCUCAUUGUUUCCAAUUUCACUUUCUCGUUAUCGCCGAAAUAUCGACAUUGUCCAGCUUAUAGGAUGAUUGUAGAACCUGGUCAAGGUGUCCAUAUUCUAAUCAAAAGGAACCGUGAUGGAGUUUUGAGGCCUUACUAAUGUGGAUUGUGCAUAUGGUUUAUUCAAUCCAAGUUUUAUCAACAAAGAAGUUACUUAGUCCAAGUUUUAUCUUGGACAAAGAAGUUAAGAAGCAAGAAGCAUAUACUAAAUUCUCUUCACUUCGUUACCCACUAUAAUAGCCCAUCAAUGGUGUCACAUUUCAGGUUUACUUUUAGAUUCGCAUAAAUUUAUCCAUUUGGUAUUUUAUUAUUGUCUCCUUUCAAAUAGGUAUUCAAGAUCAGAAUGCUUCCAAGAUCAAAAUUUUGUCAUGAUUCAAUCAGAAUAUAUUUGUACAUAGUGUAAAGAUUUUGCUAUUCAAAACCAGAAUAAAACUGUGUUACAAUAUUAUUUUAGUUUAUGCACUACUAUGUUUGGUUCAUUUUUUAGUGCGUGUGUUUUUAUGUAUUUCUUGUAUUGAGAAUGUAAAAAUGAGCAUUGGAAAUGUAAAAAUGUAUGUCGGGAUGAGACAAUUAUUACUCCCUCCGUCAUAUAAUUAUUGUCCACUUUGCCCAA